CCCGGAAUGAAUUGUAUGCUGUACGCAUCGUUUAUUUACGUCUUGCCGCAAAAGUGGCAGCAGUUAAAAUGUUUUUAAACUGUAUUUGUUAGCGUUUCACACACAGUUUUACUCUCCUGAACAUCGCUUAAGUUCCGGUGUAGUUUGAACUUGUCCCGCUGACAAAAAGGAGAUUUUGUUGGUUGAAUGCCUGAAGCGAGUGAAGAUGGAGGAGCAAAGUGUGGAUACUGUUGAAGGAGGAGGAGGAGGAGGACAGUGUAUCAAGGAAGAAGAGGAGGACAACGAGAACCUGACGGAGAUGGCAGCUCCAGACGCAGAGGAGGAUGAAGAUGAAGAUGAAGAGACUCUUCCUCACUCAGAGAUCCUGGAUAUUUUCGAGGAGGGACUUGCUCGACUUGUGCAGGACCCUUUACUCUGUGAUCUGCCAAUCCAGGUAACUUUGGAGGAGGUAAAUUCUCAGAUUGCUUUGGAGUACGGCCAGGCGAUGACUGUGAAGGUUUUAAAGGCAGAUGGUGAAAUAAUGCCCAUAGUGGUGGUGCAAAAUGCCACAGUCCUCGACCUGAAGAAGGCCAUUUGCAGAUUCAUGGAGCUGAAACAACAACGUGAAGGCGGAGUGAAACACAUCAGCUGGAGAUACGUUUGGAGAACUUAUCAUUUAGUAUUUCAAGGGGAAAAGCUUGAAGAUGACAAGAUGAGGCUGAAAGACUACGGGAUCAGGAACAGAGAUGAAGUGACGUUCAUGAAGAGACUCAGGAAAAAGUGAAACAUCACAGCAAACAUUUGUCACGUUAGGAAUAAACACCAGUUCUUUCCGUUUGUUCCGAUGCUAAGUGCCCUGGAGACUUGAAUUGACUUAAUUUUCAGUGUUUGGAGGGGCAGCCUUGUUAUGAUAUCUGUGCACUUUAUGCACCCAAAAUCCAGAACUUGACUUUUCAAACUGAGCUUUUUUCUUGAAUAGUCUACAUGUAAAUAAAUAAUCUGGAGUUCUAGAUGUUAAGCUCCAUCAUUACUACCACUGUGUGGGAGUAAUGAUUUUUUUUGUAUCAUUGUUUGGAAAUAUUAAAAUUGAUUUCUGUUUUUUU